GAGAGGCUCUUUCGGAGAUGAGCAGGGAGGAAAGAUGGGGCGAGCUAGAGGGGCGGCGCCACACUCUGUGGGGGAUCAGAUCUGUCUCCUACUGUUCCGUUCAGCUCUUUCUCCUCCUCCACCCACACGCUACCCGACGGCGGCAGCGCAGGGAGGAGCCAGGGAAGGCGGAGCGAGAGGCUGGAACGGCCUGGGCAAAAGAGCAGCCCCAGCUUUUGGACAGCAACCCCCAGCGCCUGGACCCUGGACCCCGCUUGGCAGAGCUCUAAAACUGAGGGCAACAGAAGAAGAAGCCUCAUUUUAACCAGAAAGUUUCCUUUGGGAGGACAAGCAUGCCAGUGCUGUCUGAAGAUUCAGGGUUGCAUGAAACCCUGGCCCUAUUGACCUCUCAGCUCAGACCAGACUCCAACCAUAAAGAAGAAAUGGGGUUCUUGAGAGAUGUCUUUAGUGAGAAAAGCCUCAGUUACUUAAUGAAGAUUCAUGAGAAACUUCGCUAUUAUGAGAGACAGAGCCCAACUCCUGUUCUGCACAGUGCCACUGCCCUUGCAGAAGAUGUUAUAGAAGAGCUACAAGCUGCAUCAGUUCACAGUGAUGAGAGGGAGUUGCUCCAGCUGCUGUCCACUCCCCAUCUCAGGGCUGUGCUCAUGGUACAUGAUACUGUUGCUCAGAAGAAUUUUGACCCUGUUCUUCCCCCUCUGCCUGAGAAUAUCGAGGAAGAUUUUAAUGAGGAGUCAGUGAAAAUUGUCCGUCUUGUGAAAAACAAAGAACCUCUGGGUGCUACUAUCAGGAGGGAUGAACACUCAGGGGCAGUCAUUGUGGCCAGAAUUAUGAGAGGGGGUGCAGCCGAUCGGAGUGGUUUGGUACAUGUUGGGGAUGAGCUGAGGGAAGUCAAUGGGAUUGUGGUCCUGCAUAAGCGGCCGGAUGAAAUCAGUCAAAUUCUGGCCCAGUCCCAAGGAUCUAUCACUUUAAAAAUCAUUCCAGCCAUCAAAGAAGAAGAUCGAUUAAAAGAUAGCAAGGUAUUCAUGAGGGCUCUCUUCCACUACAACCCCAGGGAGGACAAAGCUAUCCCCUGUCAGGAGGCAGGGUUACCCUUUCAGAGACGACAUAUCCUUGAAGUGGUGAGCCAAGAUGACCCCACAUGGUGGCAGGCGAAGCGUGUAGGGGACACCAACCUCCGUGCCGGUCUCAUUCCCUCCAAGCAGUUCCAAGAAAGGCGCUUGACCUACAGGAGAGCCAUGGGUACUUUGCAGAGCCCACGGAGCAUCAAAAAGCCAUCGUAUGAUCAGUCUUGUGAUAAAGAGAACUGUGACUGUGAGGGUUACUACAAUGGACAUUACAUCGCUGGGCUCCGGAGGAGCUUCAGGUUGAGCCGCAAAGAAAGACCUAGCAGUCAAAACGAAGGCAAGGUGCCAGAGCCUCCUGAGCUCCUGACAUAUGAAGAAGUGACUAAAUACCAACAUCAGCCUGGAGAGAGACACCGGCUCGUGGUCCUAAUUGGUUCUGUGGGUGCCAGACUGAAUGAGCUAAAACAGAAGGUGGUGGCUGAGAAUCCCCAACAAUAUGGCGUGGCUGUUCCACAUACAACCAGGACCCGGAAGAGUCAUGAAAAAGAAGGAGUGGAAUAUAAUUUUGUUUCUAAACAAGCAUUUGAGGCUGAUUUGCACCAUAACAAAUUCCUGGAGCAUGGAGAAUACAAAGAAAAUCUCUAUGGUACCAGCCUGGAGGCGAUUCAGUCUGUUAUAGCCCAAAACAAAGUUUGUUUGGUGGAUGUGGAACCAGAAGCAAUAAAACAGUUAAGGACUCCUGAGUUUAAACCCUACAUUAUAUUUGUAAAACCUUGCAUCCAAGAAGGGAAGAGGAACUCAUCAAUGUCACCAACUUCUGAAGAAACUUCAGGUCCUCUUAGUGAAGAGCAACAGGAGAUGCUCUCCUCAGCAGCCUUCAUUGAUCAGCAUUAUGGCCAUUUGGUGGAUGCAGUCUUGGUGAAUGAAGAUCUCCAGAGUACAUACAAUGAACUCAAAGGGGUCUUAGAGAAGCUGAGCAAAGCCUCUCACUGGGUUCCAGUCAACUGGGUCAGGUAAUUCCAUCUUGCAUCGAUGUCUGCCAUCAUCAACCUUGUACAGAAGAAGUUUAUAAGUGGGAAAUAAUCUUUUUUAAAAUUCAAACCUGGCCCCCUUUGGAUCAGGGCAAUCAUUGGAGAUGAAGGUGUUCUAAGAACAACAUGUUUUUGGUCCUGAAAAUAUCAAAGACAAAAGUUGAUACUGAUGCUUUGUACCAUAGUUCAGUAGCUGUUCUAAUUAAGUUGGAAACCUUAAUUAAAUUAAUUAAAUUUGAUAUCGAAUCUUUAAGCCUUGACAAUAAGGUCAGCCUUCAUUUAUUCAACACUAUCAAGAAAAGAGGUGUUUCUAAUGAGUGAAUUUUCCACAUAAUUAAAAAGAGGCAUCCCUCCUGCCCUUUCAACAAGAAAAACUAUCAGAAUCAUGUUGAAUGAAUGUCUUAAUAAAAGGUAUUACACAUUUCCUUAUUCUACUAAACCAUAUAGAAAGGAAAGUGUUUCUCAUGAGUGAAUUUUUCACAUAAUUAAAGAGUCGUCCUUCUGCCCUUUCAACAAGAAAAACUAUCAGAAUUAUAUUGAAUGAAAUGUCUUAACAGCUAUUUUACAUUUUUCCUAUCCUACUAAAUCAUAUAGAGAAUUUGCAUGGAAUAAUUAAUGUAUAUAGAGGACGACCAGGGAGAAAGGACCUGGGUUGUUUCUGAUACAAGGGGGGCAAGACAUAUAACCUCCAAGUCCUUGAAGCAAGGAUUCUCUAAGAUUUUAAAUUGCAGAAAAGGUAAGAGCUGCUGCUGCAUGAGAAGAAGUAAUCCCUUCACCUGAGAAUUCCCUUUACCAAUGAAAUGUCAAGAACAGGAAGAAUCUGUGGUAAUUGAUGCCCAGCAAUGAAGGUGGUUUAUGCCCACUUCUUUUCUCAUGACUUAGUAUUUGGGAGGAGCUCUUUGCCCAAUUCUAAUCGGACUCAGCCAUGAUUUUUGAAAUUAUAGUUUUUCCUCCCUUCUUCUCUAAAGUUGGCAUUUAUGUUGAAAGUACAAAUAAGAGUCAGAAUGAUUCCAAUGGAGUUGUCGUAAGCCCAAUGAAAUACAUGCUGGAUUUAAGACAGAGGAACCUGGACUAAGAUCAUCCUUCUGUCACUAGUUUGGGCAAAUCAGUCUGGACUUCUAGAUGGUGGUGAGAGUAGAUGAAUUCUAACAUUCCUUCUGACUCUGUAUGAUUCUGCAUAAAACACGUCAGCUAAUCUUGAGUAUAUGAACUUUCUUUUGACUUUUCAGAAGCAUUUUCCCCCAUAUUUCUGAGUUCUUGACUAUGAUAUAAAAUUGUGGGUGCCAAAAAAUAAAUGAAAUACUGCUGGAUUCUUCUCAAUAUUAUUGAGACUGAAAAAAAAAGGGCUGGAAACCAAAACAAAAGCAAAUAUUUUUGACCCUUCCAGAGGACUUCAACGGACUAAUAAAAGUAAAAUAAAUCAGAGGGGGAAAGGCAAUUAUCCUAAUUUAGCCCCUUUCAAUUUU